AUGGGAAUCCGAGAUUUACUUCGAAAGUACAUUAAACCGAAUGAAUCGUCUUCUUGUUCGAAUAAGAAUGAGAAAGUCACUACACAAUCACAGCAACAGAAACCAAAUCCAUGUGGUAUUCUAGCCGUUGACUUGAAUGCUUCAGCACCAACAAAUAUCUCAGAGAAAUAUCGCCAAUUUCCAUUUCCAACACACCGAAAUGCAAUCACUGAUGAAUAUGAGGUUUCAAAAGAAUCCUUAGGUGUUGGAAUUAAUGGCAAGGUGUUAACUUGUUGGCAACGUGAAACAAAGCGUAAAUGUGCUCUAAAAAUCUUAAAAGACUCAGAUAAGGCUCGCCGAGAAGUCAUCCUUCAUAAGAAAGCCAGUGAUGGUUGUGAAUAUAUCGUUAGUGUACUUGACGUUUAUGAGAAUAUCUAUGCAUCUAAUCGAUGCUUGUUAAUUGUCAUGGAGUGUAUGGAAGGUGGAGAAUUGUUUAAUCGUAUUCGAGAUCGACAAGACAAACCAUUUACUGAACGAGAAGCUGCAAAUACUAUUCUAAUGAUAGCCAAAGCAGUAGCGCAUUUACACCAUAUGGAUAUGGCACAUCGUGAUCUCAAGCCGGAAAAUUUACUAUUUACAUCUACAGCAGAUGACGCUAUAUUAAAAUUAACAGACUUCGGUUUUGCUAAAGAAGGAAAUAAUGAACAACGUCCAUUGAAUACACCUUGUUACACUCCAUAUUAUGUUGCACCAGAAAUUCUCUCCAACGAUAAAUACGACAAAGCAUGCGAUAUUUGGUCAAUGGGUGUGAUAAUGUAUAUACUUUUAUGUGGUUAUCCUCCGUUCUUUUCUAUACAUGGUGGUGCUAUAAGUGCUGGAAUGAAAACAAAGAUAAAAGCUGGUGAAUAUCAGUUUCCUAAAGCUGAGUGGAAAAAUGUUUCUCAAGAGGCAAAAUCGAUUAUACAAAAGAUGUUAACAGUCGAUCCAGCGGCACGUGUUACGAUUGAUUGGAUUCUUCGAUGUUCGUGGUUUACGGGCACUGUACCCGAAACACCUAUUGAUAUUCGAUCAAUCUUAGACGCGGACAAUUUUGAACAAAUGAGAGUCGAAAUUGCUGCCGCUAAUCAUGCACAACGUCGUGCAGACGUUGAAGAAGAUGAAAAUAUCGAUCUCCUCACACCGAGCAAGUCUCGCAUAGCCCAACGAGCUGCUAAACGACAACGUCAAGCGGUGGCAGAAACGAUUCCUGAAUCGUUAUCGCACAUUGAAGAAUGA